AUGCCCGGCCAACCCCCCCUAACCGGGAUCAAAGUCCUCGAAUUCGCCGGCCUCGCCCCCAGGCCACUACUAUUCUCAACCUGUGGGGUGCCCGCGGAGGGCCCUCGCGGAAUCUCCUUAAGAAUUUUCCGCCGGGGGGGGAGGGGUUGGGUUCUGGGGGUGGUGAUGGCGCUUUUGGCGAGGGAGAGAAGUUUGAUGGGGAGGGGGCAGGUGGUGGAGGUGAAUAUGGUGGAUGGGGUGGCGUAUUUGGGGAGUUUUGCGAGGUUUGCGGCGAGGACGCCCGUGUGGGAUAGCCCGCGCGGGGAGAAUUUGUUGGAUUCGGGGUGUCCGUGGUAUGAGUGCUAUGAGACGGCGGAUGGGCGGUGGAUGGCGGUGGGCGCGCUGGAGCCGCGGUUUUUUGGGGAGCUGGUUAAGGGGCUGGGGCUGGAAGGGCAGGGGUGGGAGCGGAAGAGGUAUGACCGGGCGGAAUGGCCAGCGUUGAGGCGGGUUUUGGAGGGGGUUUUCAAGACGAAGAGUAGGGCGGAGUGGGAGGGGGUGUUUGAGGGCACUGAUGCGUGCUGUACCCCCGUGUAUGAGUAUGGGGAGAUGGAGGAGGAUCGGGUGGGUAAGGAGGGUGAUCAGAGGCCGGCGGUUACGCUGCGCGAGACGCCGUGGUUGGCUGUGAGGAAGGAUGCUGAGGAUGCUAGCCAUGGGCAGGGCCCGGGUGUGGAGGGGGAGGGGUAUGUUGGGCAGAUUCUUGAACCGGGACAGGGUGGGGAGCAGACGUUGGAGGAGUGGUUGGGUUGGUCGAGGGGUGACCAGUACGAGGUUGAAGACGGCGGCAUGGUCUUGAAGGAUAAGGCGAAGCUGUGA